ACCGCGGGCGGCCCCGCGCAGGCGCAGCGCUGCCGCCGCAGCUGCGCACGGAGCGUCGGGCGGUCGGGGCCGGUCCGGGGGCGCUGCCGGGAUGGACGAGGACGUGCUGACCACCCUCAAGAUCCUCAUCAUCGGCGAGAGCGGCGUCGGCAAGUCCAGCCUUCUGCUGCGGUUCACAGAUGAUACAUUUGACCCAGAACUUGCAGCAACAAUUGGUGUGGACUUCAAGGUGAAAACUAUUUCAGUUGAUGGAAACAAAGCUAAACUGGCAAUAUGGGAUACCGCAGGUCAGGAGCGGUUCAGAACAUUAACCCCCAGUUACUACAGAGGUGCACAAGGUGUUAUCCUAGUUUAUGAUGUCACAAGAAGAGAUACUUUUGUCAAGCUGGAUAACUGGUUAAAUGAAUUGGAAACUUACUGCACAAGGAAUGACAUAGUGCAAAUGUUAGUUGGAAACAAGAUUGAUAAGGAAAACCGUGAAGUUGACAGAAAUGAAGGCCUCAAAUUUGCAAGAAAACAUUCCAUGUUGUUCAUAGAGGCAAGUGCAAAAACAUGUGAUGGUGUGCAGUGUGCCUUUGAAGAACUUGUUGAAAAAAUCAUUCAGACUCCUGGACUGUGGGAAAGUGAAAGCCAAAACAGAGGUGUAAAGUUAUCAAACAAGGAAGAAGGAUAUGGAGGAGGAGGAGCAUGUGGUGGAUAUUGUUCUAUGUUAUAAACUUUGGGAAGCUUAUUCUUUGCAUAUUUAAACAGAUAGUUACAUCUUUCUGUACAUAAAGUCAUUAAAUGCUAUUUUUAGGGACCUUGCAGUUUGCACAUAUUUGUUUUGUAUCAUGGCAGUGAACACUUGUAGAAAAAAAUGUUCUGCAGCUUUCCCAGUCUGAAAAUGUUAUGGUAAGCAUGCCCAAUUUGCAAUCUUCAGGUUUUUAUAAGUAGCAUUAAUAAUGUGCAAAACAAAUGCACUAAAAAUUUUACAACUGUAUACAUUAAUUGUGUAACUAUUCUAAACAAAUCCAUCUAACUAAUACUGCAUUGUCUGCUCUUUGUCUUAUUUUUAAAUUCUGUUGAAAUUCUAAAACUAUAUAGUGUGCACAGAUCUUGGAAACAGUAUGAGCUAUAAAUGUUACAUUUCAUCUCUUCUAGUAAAUGCUUUUUUAAGGUAUUAAAAGCAGCAGGAUUAUACAGUUCUUAGACAAAUCUGCUAAAAUUUUGUCUUUCAGCAGUGCAGUCUAAAACACAAAUUGGCACAGGCCCUAGUUGGCAUCAGCACUUUCUUGAAGAGAUGCUUUGAAAGCUUCCUUUGCAAAGCUGGGAGACGCCAUGUUUUCCUUUUAAUCAUCACUUCAGUUGAUGGCUUAACUGGAGUUUUAAUCUUGUGAUAUUUAUAUACUAAAUUUGUGGUACUCUUGCACUCUAAGUUUUUAUGAUGGUCUACUCUAGACUUGCUGCAGAAAGUCUUCAUUAUUGGCAAGGGGUCUGAGUGAUGUCAUUGUUCUUUCAUUGUGAAUCAUUUUGCCACACUUCAGUAUGGAUUCCUAAUUUUCUGAAAUGUUUGUAGUUUAAGUUUAUCUCAACUGUAGCUCACUGUGACUGUGAGAUCUCUUAUCACGUCUGCUUUGUGCAGCUACUUAUUCAGAAAUAAAACUUCUGUCACAGACACUAAAUGGGAAGCUAUAGGGCUUCUUGAUCUCUGUAUGAAAAAAUACUAUUGCAAUGAGUAUUCACUUGAAUUUACUGUAUCAAAGCCAAUGGUUUGUUUCAGAAGACUUGUAUAGACUUAAAUAAAUUUUUUUCCACAGUA